AUGGGUUCGCGCGUGCGAAAUCCACCCGCAGACGGUCCUCAUUGGCAGCGUCUUGGCAAGGCGCGCCGCUGGUGGCUGCGAGACCGUUGUCGUUCGCGUCGAGGGCUACGAUCGUCAUUUGUUGGUGCCUGGAGACCACGAAUCGGUCAAUCAAGUCGUGCGGCCGAGCGACGUUCGCCGGUAAAUGUUCGGUGUCUUCAUCUCCAUUACCCGCUGGCAGUAGGCGCGCUUUCUUUUUCGCCAGUUCUUCGUCUUGUAGGUCGGGCCCAGUUGAACCGGGACAAUAUGCAUCUGGAACACGAGGCAAACAAGUUGUUGGCCAAGGGGCUUUCGGAUUCCAGCACUAUAAAUUGGUGGCGUGCGGUCGCGGUUGGUUUCGUUGCUUGUAACGCACCGAGCGGGAAAAGCCGCCUAGGUGAAGCAUUGCGGGAGCUGAGUUCUCUUAAGUCGAAGCGGGAUCUUGAGUUGCCCGCUAUUGUUGCGCUCCUCUUUUUUCAUAAAACUGCUGAACACGUUGAUUACCAGGAGGUGGACGCGCUGUCUAGCCAGGCGGCCAGCGAAGCAGAGCGUGCAUCUGAACCCAGCCUCUUGUUGGCAGCUCAAUUCUAUUGGUAUUCUGGCAUCCACAGCAUCAAAGAGGAGGAAGCGCGUGAGUGGCUCAGUUUGUCGCGUGAUUUGGUAGUGCCUGUUGAUCAGAUUGUGACAACUGGAAUGCAAAAACAGGCUCAAGUACUAUGGGCGUGGAUUGAGAUAUCCUCCCCUGGCUCAUCACGCCAGGAACUUGAACAACGCCGCCAGGCCGCCCGCGCUCGUUACUACGAAAUGGCCAAGCAGUACCCUCGUGCACUGGACUUUCUGAAUCAGGCCGUCGCGCUACAGUCUUGGGUGCCGGCGCUGAUUGAGAAAGCGAAAAUUCUCAUCGCUUUGAGCGACUGGGACCAGGCUAUGGAGAUGGUUCAGCGCAUCCUCCAACAAAAUGAGAGGUGCAUGGAAGCGUUGCGUUUAAAUGUUCUCAUGGAGAUGACACAAAGGGCAGAUGAACAAGUAGCCCUCGCUGAGCUGCAGUUGCUUUCUAAAUCCUUAGAUCGCUAUGAGGGUGCCAAUGCAAAACUCUUCUUUGAAACAGCGCGUUCUCUCAGCCGCGUGUCAGGUGGCAGAGCAAAAAUUUUGAGGCUUCUGUCCCAUUUCUGCGAAAAGGCAAUCAAAUUAGAUCCAUCUAAAGCGGAGUAUGUUGCAGAGCUGGCUCACGAGAAGUCCAUGCUCGGUGAUUAUGCUGGCGCAAUGGAGAUGUAUAGAGACGCAGGCCGAAGUGAUGAAACUAAUCUUGCUGCACUUUAUGGCACUAUUUAUUGCCAGGUGAUGACUGGAGAAUUGGAGGAUGCAGAACAGCAAUUGGAAUUUAUUACGGCAAUUUCAGAUUCUAUCGACCAGUCACCACAGUUGCCCUAUCUCAAAGCACUAAUUGCUUGGCGACGCAGCGGGAACGCCGUAGAGAACAUUAAUUUGCUAGUACAGGCCGAAAGAAUCCACUUCCGCGGUUUAACUGACCGAGGCGGAACCAACGUAUUUGAGAUGUUCUUCAAGUUGGAUCCUGAUUUCCUCAUUCAACUUGCUAAAGAGUACCUUCAACACAUGCGGUUUGAGGAUAAUUCAUCUGCACGCAGUCCAGUGGGUUCGAGUGCGCCAACUGAUGCUGUGAGCCGCGGCAUUGAGAUAUUGGAGCGUGUGAGCGGUCAGGUCCCCGGACUAAUUGAAGCUCACUUGUUGGUGGCCCAUGCACGUUUUGCCAUAGGACAAUUCAAGGCAGCAACUCGGACUCUUAACCUCGCCCUAGGCCUUGACUCCCAAUCUGCUGCAGCACACCUCCUCAUGGCUCGGCUAGCCCUAGCCGAAAGCAACCACCGAGGUGCCACUAAUGCCCUAGAACAAGCAAUUGCUUGUGACUUUCAGGUGCGCAAGGCCCCAUCGUACGCUCUGGUUAAGGCCAAACUCUGUGCCUACGAGGGUGAUCACGACGACGCCCUAAAAAUUCUCCAGGAAGCACUGCGGCUUCCAGGUGUUAGGGACUGUAUCCCAGCCGGUGCCCCGGGGUUUGUUGCUCUUGCCGAGCGUGCGGCAGUCUUCGUGGAUCUUGCAGACACCCUGGCCACUCUUUCCCAAUUCCACGAGGCUAUGAACAUCUUGGCAGAGGCACAGGAAAGAUUUAGAGGUACUUCAGAGGAAAUCAGAGUUCUCAUGUCCAACUCCUUACUUGCAAUCAAACGCAAUGACUUUGAUGGCGCUAUCCAAAUGCUGAACGAGGUUCCGCAGUCGUCGUCAGCCUAUGUUCACGCCCAGCAGGCCAAGGCUAAUUUCUACCUUGAUGUGAGGCACGACAAGCGUGCUUAUACACAAUGCUUUCGUGAUUUGGUUGGUCUUGAUCCAAGUGCCCGGUCCUACGAGCGUCUCGGUGCUGCAUACAUGCAUAUCCAGGCUCCCGAGGCAGCCAUUGAGGCCUACGAGCAAGCUCAAAAUCUUGACCCUCGUGUGUCGACCGAGCUUCCUAAAAUGAUUCAGGAUGUUCAGUCCCUGCUCCUGCUUGCUGAUAUUUAUAUGAGUGCCGAGGAGUGUGGCGCAGAUGAGGAAGCCGAGGAUAACAUGUUUGGCGCAGAUCAUUCAAUUGCGCAGACGCUGCUGAGGGCUCGUGAUUUGCAACGGACAAUUGUAGAGCGGACCAGAUCGAGGAUGGAAACCCCCGAGGUCUUGAACGAACAGAAAAAAAUUAUGGCCGAAACUUGUCGUAAGCUCGCCCUUUUCUACCUGAAAGAGGACAAACUUGAGCACAAGGCCAUCGCAUCUUACCAGGAAGCACUCAAAGCAGAUAAUGUGAAUGAGAUUUGCAUGCUAGAGCUUGCGAGGCUUUGGCUCAGACAGCACAAUUUUGAUAACUGUGAGCAGCAGUGCGCUGCGCUCCUCCGCAUAAAUGUGAAUCACGAGGAAUGCGCCAUGCUCCUCGCCGACCUCAACUUCCUAAAACAAAACCAUGACGCAGCUGCUGCAAACCUGCGCAAGCUUCUUGAGCAAAGGCCGAAUAAUUACCUCGCCCUAAGUAAACUUAUCAGGCUAUUGCGCAGUGCUGGAAGGCUUUAUGAUGUUCCUCGAUUUCUCAAGCUUGCUGAACGGGCAAAUGCGCGCGCACUCUCCCAUCCGGGUUUGAACUAUUGUAAAGGUCUCCACUGUCGAUAUACAAAUGACGUCGUCGAGGCGGUCAAAUUUUUCAACCUAGCGAGGCGCGAUGGUAAGUGGGGCAUUCUUGCCCUCAUAAACAUGAUCGAACUCUACCUGAAUCCAGACAAUGAAACUCAGCGGGUUGCGGCGAUGAGAUCAAUCCCGUGUUUAUGCUACUUGAAGUGGGACAACAGCGUUGAGCUCGAGCAGAACUCUGAGGCGGCUACGGUUGCAGACCACCUCUUUAAAGAGUUAAAGACCUUUGUUAUUCCGGAAGGUCUGCAACUUAAGACCAGUGUACUGGAGGCCUACACCUACCUCGCAACCCGAUCAAAACCCAAGAUCGACCACGCUAUGCAAAUAUUUAUCGAUAUUCUGGAGAAGGAAAAGGACUACCUCCCGGCUCUGCUUGGCAUGUCCACGACAUUCAUGCUCGAGAAAUCUACAACCAAAGCACGGAAUGCACUCAAGCGCAUUGCAAAGAUGCCAUACUCGCAUGAGCUUGCGGAUGACUUUGAAAGAGGCUAUUUGUUGCUAGCUGACAUCUACAUCCAGAAGUCCAAAUUUGACCUGAGUGAGGACCUUUGCAACCGCUGUUUGAAGUACAAUCUAAGCUGUGGAAGAGCCUGGGAGACCAUGGGUGUCAUCCGCGAGAAGGAAGCUUCAUACAAGGAUGCUGCAGACAUGUACGAGAAGGCGUGGCUCCUCGAGCACGGGGCUUCUGCUACUGUCGGAUUCAAACUUGCUUUCAACUACCUCAAGGCAAAAAGAUAUGUCGAGGCGAUAGACAUAUCCAACAAGAUUUUAAACUUGUACCCAGACUAUCCUAAGAUCCGCAAGGACAUCCUAGAGAAGGCUAUGGAUGCCCUUCGUCCUUGAAUCAACAAGCGACUGCGCUCGACCCUUUAAUCUUCACCAAGUCGAGUUGGGAUCCCAAUCAGUGUGAUCCGCAAACAAGCUGCCAUCCACCCAGGCAAUUUUUAAAACGCUGACAAAAAAGCGAGUAGCCUCCAGCAAGUUUACAAGAUGACAGGCGGGAAAAUGCGCCGUACUAAUACGGCUCGCUCCGGAUCGCCGCCGGGACCCACUGAUACCCGCUACUGAUACCACGCUCAACAGGGCCUUGGUGCCAGCCCAUGAGCUCCAGCAGACUAGGGGCGAUAUUAGUAGGGGCCAGAGUGUG